UCAAUCGCUAUUUUUUUUUUCGAUCUAAAUUUGAAUUUACCCUGCAGUUAACGCUGUUGGGUGGUGGGGCUGUGCAUUUUGUUUUAUUUUUUCAUAUUCGUGCAACGCUGAGAGUGCGUCAGCAGUUGCAUAAUGCACCGACAGCACCAAACAGCGCACAACGGCGGUCUCAAACCUCUCCAUUUGAUAGUCAGAUGUGGAACGGCUCCUGUUCUGAGAAAGAAGGCAAAUUUUUCGACUGAACGCCCCUGUUCUGUGCCGGGCGGUCCUCGUGGAGUUUGCAGGACCGGUGACGUCAUUGUCGGUGGGCUUUUUCCAGUGCACGAACGAGCUAGAUCGGUGAACAAUGACACUUCUCAGAGAUGCGAUGGCUUUGACGUGGGCGCGUUUCUCCAAGCCCACGUGAUGGUAUACUCUAUUGGACUGAUCAACAAGUCUCCGAUGUUGCCCAACCUGACGCUGGGGUAUGAAAUGUACGACACCUGCAGAGAUGUUACCAUGGCGAUAAAGGCCACGUUGAGGCUGAUGGAGGACAGAGUCAAUCCCACGGAGGAGUGCUUGCAUCUGAGGAAUGAGGGAACCGCAUCCGGGAGGGGCGUAAAGGCAGUGAUUGGGGAACGACAUUCCGAAAUUUCUAUAGCCGUCGCUCGCCUACUUGCCCUGCCCCUUAUCCCGCAGAUCAGUUAUGGUUCCACGAGUGAACUUCUCAGCAGGAAGAGCAAGUUCCCUUCCUUUCUGCGCACAGUUCCGAGCGACAAGCACCAAACCAAAGCCAUGGCAAAGCUGAUUAAGACACUCAACUGGGAGAGCGUAGGGAUCAUCGGCAGUGAGGAUGAAUAUGGAAAAUUCGGCGUCGAAAGCUUGAUCGAUAACAUGAGUGCUUGUCUCGACUUCAAGGUAAUCCUUCCGACGGUCGUUUCUCGCGAAGAGGAUCGAGAUCUGUUGAAGAAGCUCAUGAAGAGGCUCGGCGAGUCGACGGCCGAGGUCAUCGUGAUUUUCACCAAGGAGUCCAACGCGAAAGUCGUCCUGGAAGAGGCCAUCGGACUCGGGAUCAUCAACAAGACCUGGAUCGCGAGCGACAGCUGGUCCACUUCCGGCGAAAUUCGCGGCCUGGGAGGCAUUCAGAAGAUCGGGAAAGUCUACGGGUUCAUCGCGAAGAGAAACACAGUCCCGGGGUUCGAGGAGCACGUGCGCAACUUCACAGCACAGCCCACAAGGGAGGACAGCUUCUUCUGCGACCACCUGAAUCUCUAUACCUGCUCGCGGGAGACCAACCUCACUGGACAACGUCCUGGGAACUGUUCACUCGCUGACGCCGACGAAUGCGGCGCUAACGUUCGGCGUCUUGCGGACUACAUCGACCGAGAUGAAUCGUACGCAGUUUACCUGGCAGUAAAUGUCAUAGCGCAGGCUUUGCACAGGCUGCUGAAAUGUGAUUACGUUAAGUGCGAGAGGAACGCAACGUUUUCUGCCCGCGAGCUUCUUGAAGAAGUGAAACAAGUUAAUUUCACCGUGGACAACAUUACUGACAUCGCGUUCGAUCCGAACGGAGACCCCAGUCUCGGACACGAUAUUCUGGUCUGGGACACGACGGAUGGUAAAGUUUCCUUGAAGAAAAUGGGAGAAUAUGCACCCUCCGGUGACAUUGUGAUGCCUGAGCACCUAAUAAGUGAAUAUGGAAACGUCACGGUGACUGCCUCCAAUUGUUACAAAGUCUGCCCCUACGGACAUGAGCUGCACUCUAAUAAGGACUCCUGCUGCAAGACCUGCAGCUCCUGUGGGCCCAACCAGUAUUCCCCCGGGAAAAAAGCGGCGUGCGCGUCCUGCCAGGACGACGAGUACGUGUCGCCCCAGCGGGACGGCUGUCUGAAGAAGAGAGAGACAUUCCUGGAGUGGACCGACGGAUUCUCCAUCGUCCUGGAGACGUUCAGCUUGGCGGGGUUCGUCUUCACCCUGCUGGUGACCGCCCUCUUCGUCAAGCACCGGAACACGCCCAUUGUCAAGGGUGCUGGGGGCGGCUUGUGCUUCCUCAUCCUCCUCUCCCUCAGCUUCAGCUUCGGAAGCGUGUCCAUAUCCAUAGGGAAGCCCUCGGACUUCAAAUGCAAGGCUCGGCUGCCGCUCUUCGUCCUCAGCUUCUCCCUCUGCGUCUCCUGCGUCCUGGCCAACCUCUUCCAGAUCUGCGUGGGCUUCGCCUUCGACGCCAAGGCCCACGGCCGGCUGAGGAGGUUCAACAACCCCGUCGCCAUAGUGACGGGCUGCAUGUCCGUCCAGGUGACGCUGUGCGCCGCGUGGCUGGCUUUGGACCCGCCCCACCGCCGGCGGGAGAACUCCCCCGACGGCGACGAUGGCGUCCUGGUCCGCUGCCACAACGGCAGCGUCGCCAUGUUCGCCGCCACGCUGGGCUACAUCGCCUUCCUGGCCGUGGUCUGCUUCCUGUUCGCCUUCCAGGGCCGGCGGCUGCCCGACCUGUACAGGAACUCCAGCUUCGUCGCCGUCGGCAUGCUGGUCUACCUGGUGGCGUGGAUGCUCUUCAUCCCCAUCUACCUCAGCACGGCGGGGGCCUACGUGCAGGCGGUGGAGGCCUCCGCCAUGCUGGUGUCCAGCUACAGCCUCCUGGUCUGCCACUUCUGCCCCAAGUGCUACGUCAUGCUGCUCAGGCGGGAGCUGAACGACGAGAGGGUCAUCCUGGAGCACAUCCGGAAGCACUACGAGAACAAGGGCGUGUCGCCCGUGACCGCGAGCAAGUAGGGAACCGAAAGCGAUCGCUUCGCUCUCCUUUUAUUUUUUUUUUUUUUUAUUACUUAGAAACCAGCUGCGAUGUUUGAUAGUUAUAUUACACAAAAAGAAUGAUAAAUUAAUACUAAUAUAAUGAGUCUUUUAUUCAGUUAAGUU